AUGAAUAGAAAUCGUCAAUUGCUUUUGCUUGUGGGCUUGAUAUUCCAUUCGUUCUAUAUAUGGUCGAUCUUUGACAUAUACUUUGUGCUGCCCUUGGUUCAUGGUAUGGACAAUCACAGAUCAACAAAUUCACCACCUGCGAAAAGGCUAUUUUUGAUUGUGGGGGAUGGGUUGAGAGCAGACAAGGCUUUCAAGAAGCUUAAGCAUCCAAGCACUGGAGAAGAGAAGUAUUUGGCACCUUAUCUUAGAAAUCUAGUUUUAAACGAAGCCAGCUGGGGUAUUUCUAAUACUAGAAUGCCAACUGAGUCAAGACCAGGCCACGUUGCGAUGAUUGCUGGUUUCUACGAAGAUGUAUCUGCUGUUACAAAGGGAUGGAAGACUAAUCCCGUAGACUUUGACUCAUUUUUCAAUCAGUCUACCCAUACAUAUUCUUUCGGAUCUCCUGAUAUCUUGCCGAUGUUCGCUUAUGGCGAUGGUGUUGUUCCAGGCAGAAUUGAUGUUUGCAUGUAUGGCCAUGAAUUCGAAGAUUUCACACAAAGCUCCAUCGAACUAGAUGCGUUUGUUUUCAAACACUUUGACGAUCUUAUGCUUAAUCUGACCGCUAAUGAAACACUUAAGAAUGAACUCUUUCAAGACGGAAAUGUGUUCUUUUUCCAUCUUUUAGGUCCUGACACCGCUGGGCACGCAUAUAGGCCAUACUCCGCUGAGUACUAUGAUAAUAUUGAGUAUAUAGAUCAGAAGUUAUCGAAACUCAUACCCAAAAUUAAUGAGUACUUUGGCGAUGAUGACAGUGCGUUCGUUUUCACUGCUGAUCAUGGCAUGUCGGACUUUGGAUCUCACGGGGAUGGUCAUCCUGAUAACACUAGAACACCAUUGAUUGCCUGGGGAGCAGGAAUUAAUAAACCAGUAGUGUUAGCGGAUCUCGAAGACCCUGAGGCUGCAAGGAAAGCUCAAGACCCAGUUCUUUCUGGAUAUGAAGCGGAUUAUUUUGACACUUGGGGAUUUGAAAAUAUUAAAAGGAAUGAUGUAAAUCAAGCAGACAUUGCAUCCUUGAUGGCAUACUUGAUAGGAGCAAAUUAUCCUGCGAACUCUGUCGGAGAGUUACCUUUAAAUUACCUUGAUGCUCCUCCACUCGAGAAAAUAAAAGCAUUAUAUGCUAAUGCUUUAUCAAUUGUUGAGCAAUAUCUUGUCAAAGAAAGUGAAGUCUAUAACCACCAAUUUAAGUUCAAACCAUAUAGUCCAUUUGAGGAAAAAUCCAUUGACAGCUACAAAUUAGAAAUUGAAAUUUCCAUGGCCUCGAUUGGUAAGUCUUACAAGGAGGAAUACAAAGAGUAUGAAAUUCAGAAAACGAUAGAACUUACUGAGGAACUUAUGCAAAGAGCGCUUGAUGGCCUCAACUACCUCCAGACAUAUAAUUGGGCCAUGUUGCGUUCGAUUGUAACUUUAGGCUUCUUUGGUUGGAUUGUUUACGCAUUUAUCUUGUUUUUGAAGCUUUUCAUUUUGGACCCUGACACCACUAAUAAUGAACCAAAGUCUAAAUUUUUGAUUGGCACUUUUGCUACGUUGACAAUAGGGAUUAAUUAUAUCUUAUUUUACCAAAACUCCCCAUUUAACUAUUAUGCUUAUACAUUCUUCCCUUUGUACUUUUGGUACACCAUUCUUGACAAUAGGGCAGCGUUAUUCAAAGGUACUGAGUCCUUUUUAUAUGGAAUUUCGAAGUUAUCGAAACUUUUAAUUGUGCUUUCCUUUGUUGGAAUGUAUGAAGGAAUUUUCCUUGGAUUCUCUAGGCGAUACAUGUUCUCCAUUAUUUUGAUACUAAUUGCGCUUUAUCCGCUUGCUUUUUCUUCAUCGAAGCUUCCGGUAUUACAGAAGGCAUUGUGGUUCUUUAGCUGUCUUGGCUUAUGCCCUUUCACUAAUUUAAAUCCUGUUAAAGUUGAAAGCCUUCUCCAAAUAAAUAUAGGAGCUCUUUUUGCAUUGAUAGUUGGUAUCUGUGGCUCUAUUCAGGCUUUUUCACGCCCAAAUAUUGAUCGUUUCAACAAGACGCUAGUCAGAUUGCAACUUGGCUCUAUCAUUGUCAUGCUAUACGCAGUUAAUGUGUCAGUCAAUUCAUUGCAGGCAAGAGAAGGCUUGCCCCUUCACUCUCAGGCUAUAGGCUGGGCAACUUUUAUUGUGUCAUUAUUUGUUUUACCAAUUCUGUUUGCGUAUAAACCUUCUAAAGAUUAUCAGUUGAGACUUUUAACUAUUUUCUUAGCAUUCACGCCUACAUUCAUUAUCUUGACAAUAUCAUUCGAAUUACUAUUCUAUGUCAUUUAUUCAUUAGUAUUACUUCAAUGGCUCAACAUUGAAGAAUCUUUGAACUUUACAAAAGAGGAAAUUUCCAGGAGCUUUGAGGAGACGAAAAAGCUUCCCAAAGGUUAUUGGAUCCAGGUCAUUAGAAUAUCGAUAAUUGGGUUCUUCUUCCUAGAAUUUGCAUUUUUUGGAACAGGAAAUGUUUCAUCCAUAUCGUCGUUCUCGUUAGAUUCGGUCUACAGGUUAAUUCCUAUAUUCGAUCCACUUUCCAUGGGUGCACUUUUAAUUAUUAAGUUGAUAAUACCGUAUGUGCUCCUUUCAGCUUGCUUGGGAAUAAUGAAUCAUCAACUACAGAUCAGAAAAUUUAUGAUCUCUUCACUCAUCAUAUCUACCAGUGAUUUCUUGUCCUUGAAUUUCUUCUUUUUGGUUAAGACAGAAGGUUCAUGGUUAGAUAUUGGAGUAAGCAUUUCAAACUACUGCUUGGCGAUUCUAUCCUCUUUGGUCGUUCUCAUUUUAGAGGUUCUCAGCUCCGUAAUACUAAAAGGCGUGGAAUAUGAGUCAGAUGAACCGAAAUUGCAGGACGCUCGAGAACAAAGAGAAGAAGACGUCAAAGGAAACAAAGCCGACGAAAACCUGGCCGAGACGGAAGAAGAGGACGAAGAAGAAGAAGAAGAAGAAGACUAUCAAUAUAUUGAGAAACCCAUUAGUGACAGUCCAAUAGCCUCUAGAGUCAGAAAAAGAAGCCAAAAAAAGGAAUAA